UGGCGGCCCCGGUGCAUUGUGGGAGCAGUCCGUUGUUCAUUUGCCAUUCGACCUGGGCCGGGGCCUGUCGGGACGGAAGCGCAGUCGAGCCGGAUCCAUUGUGGGGCAGCCUGCGGCGGCGGCGCAGGCCGGUCCCUUUCAGCCUCUUCUGCAGCCUCGGCGGCCGGGCCCUCUCCCUCCCCCCGCGGGCAGAGCAGGCGGCGGGCGAGGCGAGGCGAGGCGAGGCGCGGCGCGGCUGGCGGGGGGCGGGAGGGGGCGCGCGCCAUGUUCGCGGAGAUGAACCGGCGGACGCUGGCGUUCCGGGGCGGCGGCCUGGUCAGCGCGGCCGCGGCAGCCGCCAGCGCCGCUCCCCCCUCGGCCAGCGGCGGCGCGGGUGAGGCGGAGGCGUGGGCCGGGCCCGAGGCCGAGCCGCUGAACGGGCGGGGGGCGGACGAGGAAGUGGAGCUGGAGGCGCUGGAGGCCGAGGCGCUGGAGGCCGCGGAGGAGGGGAAGGAAAUGCUGCUGCUGCCCCCGCCCCAAGACGCGGCGUCGCCUGCGGCCGCGGCCGGGCCCAUGCUGGCCGAGAGGAACCGCCGGACUCUGGCCUUUCGCGGCGGAGGGGGGCUCCUGGCCGGCCCCUCCGCCAACAAUGGCUGCGAGGCCGCGGCCUGGCCGCGGCGGCACUUCAACGGGCGGGGGGCGGACGAGGAGCUGGAGCUGGAGGGCGCCGAGGGCCUGGAGCCCGAGGGCCUGCUGGAAGGGAAGGAGCUGGUGCAGGACGGCGGCUCGCUGAGCGACAGCAGCGACGACGAGGAGGACGGCGAGGGGGGCAGCCUGGGCGACGGCAGCGGCGCGGAGGGCGGCAGCUGCAGCAGCAGCCGGCGCUCGGGCGGCGACGGGGGGGACGAGGCGGAGGGCAGCAGCGUGGGCGCGGGGGAGGGGGAGAGCAUCAAGCACUUCCCGUUGGCCGCCCGGCCCAAGUCCCUGCUGCAGAAGCUGCACGUCUCCUUCCAGGGCUCCUGGCUCAAGGAGUUCCCAUGGCUGCACUACUGCCAGGAGACCGGCCUCAUGUCCUGCGCCUGGUGCGCCACCCCCGCUGCGCCCGCCGACUUGGCGGCGCCCGCGCCCGGGGGCCACGACGAGCUGUGCAAGGGCACGCGCAACUACAAGCGGGCCCUGCUCCUCCGGCACCACCUCUCGGCCGAGCACCGCCUCAACGAGCCCGUGUCGGCGGAGCAGGAGUCAGAAAUACCAUCAGAACUGAAUAAUGAGGGAUACUGUGACUAUAAUAACCGGCCAAAUGAGAACUCUUACUGCUAUCAGCUCCUGCAAGAAUUAAAUGAACAGAGGAAGAAAGGCAUUCUUUGUGAUGUCAAUAUUGUGGUGAGUGGGAGGGUCUUCAGAGCUCACAAGAACAUCCUGGUUGCAGGCAGCCGCUUCUUUAAGACUCUGUAUUGCUUUACGAACAAAGAAAGCCGUAACCAAACCACUGUUACCUAUUUAGAUGUUGUUGCUGUUCAAGGUUUUUCUGUCAUCUUGGACUUCUUAUAUUCUGGUAACCUUGUGCUUACGAGCCAAAAUGCCAUUGAAGUGAUGUCAGUGGCCAGCUACCUUCAGAUGACUGAGGUUGUCCAGUCUUGCCGCAACUUCAUUAAAGAUGCCUUAAAUAUAAGCAUAAAAUCAGAAGCUCCAGAGGCUGUAGUGGUGGAUUAUAAUAGAAGAUCUGUUAGUAGGGAUGGUCUGCCUUCAUCAAGGGAUCAGAAAGUUGCCAGUUUCUGGGCAACAAGAAAUCUCACUAACUUGGCAAGUAGUAUAAAAACUGAAAAUGAUGGUUACUGUAUUGAUGAAGGCCAAAUUGAAAACUACCAAAUGAAUGACUGUAGUUGGGUACAGGACAGCUCACCUGAAAUGGCUGAAAAUGAAUCUCAAGGCGAAGGAAAAGUUUUUGUGUGGAAUGACAUGGGCUCUCAAGGACAAUCGGGUCAAGAACCUGGAAAAGCAAGAAGGAAAAAUCAAACUGCGAAGAGAUUUAUUUAUAAUAUACCACCAAAUAAUGAAGAGAACUCAGAAGAUUGCUCAGUGAUGCAGCCAUCAGUUUCAUACCCAGAAGAAGACUUGCAAUUUAUUAAGGAAGAAGCAGCUGUUCCAAACAAAAAUGCAAGAGGGGAGGAGGAAGAAACAGAAGGCACUUCAAACGAUUUCAAGUAUGGAUUGUUGCCAGGCACUUCAAACGAUUUCAAGUAUGGAUUGUUGCCAGGCACUUCAAACGAUUUCAAGUAUGGAUUGUUGCCGGAAUCUUGGCCAAAAGAAGCUUGGGAAAAUGGCGAUACAUCGGCUCUAAUCAUGAACAAACUGAAGUGUCCACACUGUAAUUAUGUAGCCAAAUACAGAAGAACACUAAAGAGACACUUGCUCAUUCAUACAGGGGUGAGAUCUUUUAGUUGUGACAUCUGUGGAAAGCUGUUUACUCGAAGAGAGCAUGUAAAGAGACAUUCCUUGGUGCACAAAAAGGAUAAAAAAUACAAAUGUAUGGUGUGUAAGAAGAUCUUCAUGCUGGCAGCCAGUGUUGGAAUAAGACAUGGAUCACGACGCUAUGGAGUUUGUGUAGACUGUGCAGAUAAAUCUCAGCCGGGAGGGCAAGAAGGAGUAGACCAAGUGCAGGACACAGAUUUCCCUAGGGAUGAAGAGUAUGAGGAAAAUGAAGUGGGAGAAGCUGACGAAGAGCUAGGUGAUGAUGUAGAAGAACAGAAUGACCCAUCUAGAUGGGAUGAAUCCGCAGAAGUCUGUAUGCCCUUAGAUGACUGACCAGGCAUACUGCUUAUGGUUUCUGCAGCUGGACACUAUGUGGAUUGACCAUUUGAAUUCUUGGACUGAAGGCUUGCAAAAUAUGGUACAGGCUGGAUGGUAGUUAUGUUGCUGUGAAAAUUGUAGGGUCAAAGCCUUAUAGCAAAAAAGGAUUAUUAAAUUUUUUUAUGAUAUUUGCACAGGACUGUACAGCUUACAACCAUUUGGUUGAAUUAUACAGAGUCCUCACAUCUACAGUCAGUUAUCAAAAGAAAAUGUAUUUUUUAUUAUUUAUAGGAUAUAGCUACUUGGGUCCUUUCAAACAUAGUAGUAACUAUACUUAUUAUGUUACACAUUCAUGUAUCCUUUUUAACAUGAAUGAAGAAAAUUACAAUCUUGGUAUGGAAAUACAACAGCUUCCCCAAAACAAUCAUAGGUUUGACUGACAGUGAGCCAGUGAGGCUAAUUUGGGCUAGUGGCUUUUAUUUCCAUAAAUAGGGCUUUGUCAUACCACCCUUGCUUCUCGCUUAACUUAAUGGGAUAAAAUUAGUAACUAAAUUAUGCAUUGUAGAUUAUAUCAUCCUCUUAAUGAAUUGAUUUAAAUUAUUUGGUUCUAAGUCAGCAUGUGGUCUAGGUGACUAGCACUGGAGAAGUUAAUAUUGGCAUUAAUGGCUAUUUCCUUCAUAUUUCUUUUGAAAUUGCAAGAAGGCUAUUACUCUUUUACCAAAUGCGGAAUAAUCUUUAAAAAGGAAAAGCAAAAUGACUAAUAUUCCUAAUACCAGGAGAACUGAGAUCUGAUCAUUGCUGUGUUCCUAAAAACUGGCAACCAUGACAGGUGUGUCAAGUAAAAUUUAGCUUUUUUGGCAUUAAUUCCCAUAAGCUUUGUCUCUUAUUUGUGUUUUCUUUCUCCAGUGUAUACCUCAGUCCCACACAAAGCUUAAACAAUCCCAGCAAUGGAGAAAGUGUGUCAUAGAAAUAUUAAGCAACCUUUUAGUUUUAGUUUACCUGUGUCUGCUUUUGGCGAGCUUUGUUACACAGUAUAAAUUAGACACUAGGCUCUUGUGCCCACUGCUGUUUAUCCAAGUGAAUACACUUUUUAAAUUAUUUUCUAUUUCUUGGGUUGUUGCUAGUGUUCAGUUACUAAAUAAUGUCUGUCUUGGCAGCUUAAUUUGCUAGAAUUUAAAAAAGAAAAGAAAGAACUCCGCCCCCGCACCCCAAACAUAAUGAUACUCUUUUGAGUUGGUGUACCCCAUAGAGCUAUAUAUACUCCCAACACUCUUUUUACUUCAAUUUUUGAGGAAGCAUUGAAACUUGAAUUUUUGUAGUUAUUGAUUUUUUUUUUUUUUUUUUUUUUUUUUUUCCUCCUAAAUUAGUAAGGCUAUACCAAUGAUGUUCAGGCCUCUUUCUGAGGGAGGGAAGGGUAUUGCACCUUUAGCUUAAAUUCCUCUGCUUCAUCUAGCCUAAUGGCAAACAAAUUAACCAAUUUUUGGACACUGCGUUUGAUGUAAUAUGUCACUAUAAAUAAAUAUGCACAGCAUUUACCAUAACACACAGCUUGGCCAGUGUGACAGUACUGUAUGAAAAAAUUGAAGGUCACCAUAUUUUCAGCUUUGUUUUAAUUUUAAAAUGAGUAUAUUUUCCUAUUUUAUAUCAGGUAACUAAAUUAUGUUAGUUGAGUGGAGAACUUUGAACUAUGCUUUGACAGACAGAAUCCUAAUGGUGCUCCAUCUGAUCAAAGUUGGUAUAUAUUUAAAGAGACAAGCUUUACUGUUGUCCUUUAUUCCAGUAGAACAGUGGCUUAAUGUUAGACAUUGUCUCUGCUGGAUGAAACUGAGAUAAGUUUGAACUACAGUUAUAUGGGUAUUAAAAUGCUUUUUUUUUUUUUUUUUAUUAUCCAGUUGUUUCAUUGGUAGUUUCCACAUCAUUGUAAACCUGACACAUGACUAGUUCUUGGUUUUUGCCUUUUUUUUUUUUUAAACUGAAGAAUACAUCUUAUUCUCAUUGUUCUAAACCUGAAAUGAGUAACGUGUAAUUCUGGUGGGGUCCAAAGUAGAAAUUAGUUGGGCAAAGAUCAUAUGAAUGAAAAGUAUUUUAAACGUUAAAGUAAUGUUCUGCUUUGUGAAUAUGUAAGUAUAGCAUAAAGAUUUUUUUUUCAUCCCAUUUAUCCCCUUUAAAACCAUAGUUUACAAUUGGUAGAUCUGUCUAUAUAUAUUAAAUAUAUAUAUAUCUGAAAUUCACCUAAAUCUGCUUUAUUAGAGUACUGCUCACCGAAUGCUUAGAAACUGGACCUGGCUUUACAUUCUUAAUGUAUUUUACUUUUUUUCUCAAGGUAUGAACUUAUUCUCUUGGAACUGAAUCUUCUUUUACUACUUAAAUCAUUUAUGUAUAUCUGGUAAAUUAUGACCAAAUUUGUUGUUAGAUUGCAUACAGUAAAUUGAAAUAUACACUUGGUACACUACAGAA